AUGGCGCGCUGCACGGCGGCACGCGUGGUGUUGCUUCUCCUGCCCUGCGUGCUCACCGCGCGGACGAGACCGAGCCUCCCUGGAUACGAGACAGCCAGCGCGCGAGACGCAGGCACGGGCGCGCGCAAAGUUCUCACGACCCAUGGCCAUGAAUGCAAAUUCCCAUUCCGUCAAGGUGGAAGGAUUCAUCACCACUGCAUCACCAUCGGCUCCUCCAGACCUUGGUGCUCCCUAACACACAAUUUUGAUCGAGAUGUGCAGUGGGGCUUCUGCACAACCGAGGUCACCCGACCCAACGUGUUUGUCCACACGUCUAGAAGGAUCACGGAUCCGUGCCAGGGGAACCCAUGCCAAAAUGGCGGCAUCUGCACUCUGGUCCCACACCUACGCACGUUUGAAUGCACCUGCCCGGAGAGCUUCACCGGGAAGCAGUGUGAGCAAAGGAAGUGCUAUGAAACGCUACACCUGCGGUACUACGACACGGGAGAGUCCUGGGGGAGGAUCCAUUGGCGGAACGUGGAGCGGUGCACAUGCGUGGCGGGGGAAACCGUGUGUGAGAGAGUCCGCUACACAGUGUGCCGUAUGAACCCCUGUGAGAAUGAAGGAACGUGCCGUCUGAUCACAGACACCGGUGAGGAGGUGUGCAACUGCAGGCUUGGCUACAGAGGACCUCACUGCAGCUUUGAGGCUAAGACGGCGUGCUAUAGCAGCCGAGGCGCAGAUUAUCGCGGGUUGGUGGGGACCACGGAGACGGGCGCCCGCUGCCUCCCGUGGAACUCGGACCUGCUCCUCAAUGAGCUGCACGUGGGCACGGUGGUUGCCGCCCCCCUCAGGGGCCUGGGGGAUCACGCUUACUGCAGAAACCCAGAUCAGGACAGGAAGCCAUGGUGUUACACCCUAAGUCACGGCGCCAUCUCCUGGGAGUACUGCGACGUCCCGGCCUGUGUGAAGUCUGAGUGGCAGAAAUCUGACCAACUGACUUUUUACUCUCGGAGAAAAAUGCCUUUUAUUGUCACUCCUACCACCAAAAAACCCAAGCCUGCCAAGCCCAAGAAAAAGCCCGUGUGCGGGACGAGGCACAAGAAGCGGUUGUCGAUCCCCAGAGCCCGCAUCAUGGGUGGCAACACGGCCCUGCCUGGUACUCACCCCUGGAUGGCAGCCAUUUACAUCAGAGAGAGCGAGUUCUGCGCCGGCACCCUGAUCUCCUCGUGCUGGGUCGUCUCGGCUGGACACUGCUUUUCACGCAGUCCUCGGAAGUCCACCAUCCGCGUGGUGUUUGGCCAGCAGCAUUUCAACGUCACCGGUCCAAACACCAAAACCUUCGGUGUGGAGGACUACAUCUUCCCCAAGAAGUUCUCGGUGUUUAAUCCCAUGCUGCACGACAUCGUUCUGGUCAAACUGAAGAGGGAGGAUGGCCGCUGUGUGAGGAGAACCCCGUUCAUACGGCCCAUCUGUCUCCCCGACAAAGACAUGACCUUCCCCGACCACUACUGCUGCGCCAUCAGCGGCUGGGGACACACGCAUGAGAAGGCGAAUGGAUACUCCACCCUCCAGGAGGCCGGGGUGAGACUGGUUCCCCACUCGACGUGUACAAAACCAGAGGUCUAUGGCAACCACGUCACCUCUGAUAUGAUCUGCGCUGGGUCCAGCCAGUGUGCAGAUGCAUGCCAGGGUGACUCGGGGGGCCCCCUGGCCUGUGCGAAAGGUGAUGUCAGCUUCCUGUACGGGAUCAUCAGCUGGGGAGAGGGCUGCGGCCGCGUUGGUAAACCCGGCGUCUACACCAAAGUAGGGAACUACAUCGACUGGAUUAAUUCAGUCGUAAAACCCAAGCGCAAGUUUCCAAGAUGGGACAAUCACCUUCAAAUAUAA